CCCGCGCACGGGAAGGCGCCGUCCAGGUUGGGAUGCGCAGCUUUGCUGUUCUUAUGGCAACCGAUCACAACAGUACAGAAAAGUAGGCGCUCCGAAAGUUCAGCUGAGGCGUGAAGCAAAGGUUAAUGGAGAAUAAUGAUGUCCACCGACAGCUGAAAAUCCAGCAUAACCCGUCCUCCGCCCUUCAUACGAGACAGCCGGGCUAUGUGAGCCACACAGCGCUCCUCAUCCACGCACACGAAGCCUCCGUUUCUCCGCUCCGCAACCUUUGCCCUUCUUUUCCAGUUUUGCCUUGUAGUUUACUGCUCCACUGAUCAGGAUUAAAUUCCCAGAAGGCAUGGGCUGUUCCACCAGCACCCAGACGUUGACCCAGGAGGGUAACAGACCCGGUGUCAAACCUGCACAAAGCAACGGAGCCAACUUGAGCGGGCCAGAAAAUGGGCAGAUCUCCGCAGAAAGUGCAACACUUCCUGAUCCGUCUGGCUUUGACCCGGCAGAAGAAGGGACCGUGGUGGAGAGUGAGCCUACUGGAGAAGGCCAGCCAUCAGAGGAGCCCACGGAAGAACUGCAGGCUGAUACAAUAGAGGAGGAAGAGGCAGUUCCUCCAGAGGAUGAGGGUGUAGCAGAGCCAGACCCACCGGCAGAAUCUACCAGAGAAGAAGAGGUGGACGACUUGACAGCCCUAGAGGAGGAGCCCACUGCAGGUGAGGACUGCGAGCUUGAGCCGGCAUCAGCAGAGCCCGAGACAAAAGCAGAGGAGGCAGCGGAGGAAACGGCUUCCUGCCAUGAAGAGUGAAGCCAUGGAGUCCCAGAAAGUCAGCCGGCAUCUCUUUAGAUUUGUAAAGCUGCCGUUGACCUAACGCAGGUGAAGGGUCUUCUCUGCUAAAGCUUCAGGGAAUUUGGGAGUAUAGUACACCACUGCAGGAACUGUUCUCAUCAUACAGGGAACUUGAAAAACAAAGACCACCAGUGCACCCUUAUGCAUAAAAGCAAUAUUGUCAAAGCUUUUUCUAAAAUAUGCACUGCUGACUUUGACUUGGCUGGUCAGCUUCCACCAGCUGCUGGAGUUCUUUCAAUCACUACUGAACUGGAAGAGCGACUUCUGCUUUUACAGUACAACAUUAGUGGCCUUGUCGACAAUACGCUGAUCAUAUUUACGUUUACCGACAUGGCUGACCUUCGCGACCCUCUGCACGGUAACUUCAGCUGUAUGGUAAUUGGUAUGACAUGCUGUAGCGUAUCUACACAGCCAUCUACAUGAUCAUCUACGCCACUCUCUGCUCAGAUGCCCUGUGACAGCAACAGUAAGGACAAUUAUAUGAUGACAGCUAUCACCACUACAUGGUUAUCAUCACAGUUAGCUGCACAAAGACAUUCCUGACCACCUGUAUAGCUUAAUGCUUCUUGCCUCCAUUUACUGUGAUCUUCAUAACAAACUGUAAAGCUACCUCCACAUGUAUCUAUGCUGCACACAGUUCUAGUAAUCACUUGUACAACUACCCAUAGUGCUGAUCGCCACGACCACAGUGUGGACAGUCGGUUCACUCUCAGAUACCCAUGCAGCCUUCUAAUGCUGACCCACAGCAUUGACAGACAUGCCAAUCUGGCAGUCUUUCUGCACCACUCACCUACACAUUCAGCUAAUGUUACCAUUUGAACCACUCUCAGUCCCGGACCUUUGGCCAACUCACCCGAUCUGCAUUGUUUCCUCCACACCUUAAUUACCCACCGGAAGCACUUCUAGCUUAUAUGCGCAUCCUAAUGGUUGGUGCCUCUACCACACCCUUCAUUUUCCCACCGAGUUUCUAAACCAGCAGUAAAGAAUUACACCACAGGCUGCAGGGCUGUCUUCAUGGCUGCCUGAAUGAGCGACUAUGCUGCUGCCAUGCCCUGCAGAUCACACAG